AUGUCAUCCUCGAAAGGAAGUCAGGCUCAGAAAGUCAGGCUGUCUGUGUUUGCCAAGGGACCACUGGAGAUUCCCUCUCCAACAGAGGCAGACUGGCCUAAGGAUGAUGAAAAGGAUUUUGUCUUCAGGGACGUGGAUCAAGAGCUGGACUCCCUGCCUCAGCCUUACCGAAUGAUCAACAAGCUAGUGAACCAGCUGUUUGACCACUCGUGGGAAAUUAUCCAAGAGAGAGAAGCUGUCCGGGAAACUGAGAAAAACCGCGUCCAGCCCACUGUCUACCCUCCAGUCACAGAGAUCCAGCUCAGCAAAAGGCCUGGCGGCAUGGCUGUUUCACAAGACUAUCUGUUUGUUGGAGGAGUCAAAGGAUUCUCCAUCUAUAAUCUGCACAAUUUCAAAAGAAUGUAUGUAUGGGAGAAGUUUAAGGUUGAUGUUGUUUCCAUCUGGGCCACGGAUCUGGGCAACGAAGUACUUAUUGUUCCUGUGGAUGAAAUAGGCAUUGUGAGAUUGUUUUACUUGUAUAAAGACAGUCUUCUUCUCAUCAAAGCCAUCAAUGAAAUGGAUGAUGCCAGCAAGCAAAGCAGCUGUGUAAAGACAGAGCUCUCUCAGACCGGGGACUACGCUGCAUUCCUCUUCCAAGGAGCUGGGGAUAUUUGGCUGGAAGUGUAUAAAUUGCCCAAGGAGACUUGGAUAAAGGAAAUGGAGCACCCACAGUCUGCUCAAAAUCCAAAGAAAAAAACCAAGCAGCUGCAACUGAGCACUCCUGAGCCUGCUGCUAUAGAGUGUGUGGAAACGAACUUGGGACCAAGACAAAGCCCUCAUACAAUCCAGGACUUAAACAUUUCUUUUAAAACUGACAUUAAGUUGAGUCCUCCAUUUUAUGUAAUGAAGAUUAAACCGCCUAAGCCCAUAGCAGGUACCACAUUUAAAAGCCCCUUGGAGAUUUUUUCAAAGAUAGAGGACUACAGUGGGCUGGGCUCCGGGCAGAAUCACUUCAUCAAGGAUGUGCAGUGGGAACAGCACAUGGAGAUCUUCUGUGCCUCCUACAGGAAGUACCUGGAAGGGGAGUGGGAGGAGGAGCCGCUCAGCACGGCCACAUUCCACUUCCUUACUCACUCCAUGAUCCCAGUGCCAAUGGAUGUCAAGAUUUGUCCAGGGGCAGCCCUUGUCCUCAGCAUACACUGGACUGGCAGUCAUAAUUUCUUCCUCUAUUCGCUGAACAAAACUCUGAAGGAUAAAACUGACUGCGAGAACGUGUGGCCCUGUGCUGCGCGCAUUACAGUGUCUCAGAUCAGCAGCUCCUCUUCCUACCUGGCCCUUGCCUGUGAGGACGGUGUGCUCACUCUGUGGAACCUGGCCGAAGGAUUCCUCUUUGGGGUCAUUGCUCUGCCCGAGGGGUGCUUCUGCCAAAGCAUUCACUUCCUAAGAUUCUUCCUGGUGCACGAAGGACGGAACGUGUAUCCAGAAGGCCCCGUAAAGUCGGAAAUGAUGUGUGUGGUGCUCUGCACUGAUUCUUCCCUCCACCUGGUGACAGCCAGCGGGACCAGGGGGCCCACCAGCCAGGUGCUUGUAGAGAGGCCCACAAAGCACCUGGAAGAAGCCAUUUGUACAGUGGCCCCGGUCCCAGCCUUACCUGGCAUGGUGCUCAUCUAUUCCAAGAACCACUCUAUAAGUCUCAUGGACGUGACCAAGGCUGAAGUCAUCUGUGCCUUUGCGGCCCCCAUACACCACCACCAGGCGAUGCCCUGGAAGCCGCUCUUCAUUGUGUCUCCACACCGUCCCUAUUUUCUGCUUCAUGGAGCCCACCUGGAUGGUAACACCACACAUACUGAUGGUGUCAAGGACACCCCAGAUUCUAUUUUCUGUUUCAAUUUUGAGGAGUAUUCCCUCCUGGAAGAUAUCUCCAAAAAUUGUACCAUUUCCCAAAAGGACUUGGAAUGUAACCAGGCCUUCCCCCAGGUGUUGCCCCUGGAGAAAAGAUGUGAGCAGAAUCUCCAGAAGAGCUUCCAAAAGCUGGUGAAGACCCAGAUGAAAGGGAGUGAUCAGUGGGCACGGCUGCGGAGGUACUCCGUUAUUCUCCAGAAAGAAAACUUAAAGAAGUGA